AUGUCUGGUCUUCUGCGACACGACUAUGAGCGCCUGCCUCGCACCUCGCUCGAGGCCUCGGACCUGCCUGAGCUGAAGCGCUCCGUGUCCACCUCGUCGUGGCUGAGCACCCUGAGCGCACGGCUGCCCGGCGUGAAGACGCUGUCUGAGCGCGCAACCUACACACAUCUGGUGACGCCGCGGAGAAAGAAGCGGUCGAUUCUGCGCGCCAUCAUCUACACCGUCUUCGCCUUUCCAUACUUCUGCGCCUUCCUGGUGCUCGUCGCGGGCAUCUUCUUCCCGAGCUACACCAACCGCCCCGCCCACUACGUCGCGCUCCAGCAGCGAGCCGCAAAUGGCACCGAACCAGGGCGCGCAAAUCCAUACAGCGAAAAAGUCUUUAUUGCAGCGUCGCUGUACGAGGACGAGGGCCAAUUGACGUCUGGUGGCUGGGGCAGAUCGGUGCUGGAACUGAUCGACCUGCUGGGUCCAGACAACGUCCAUCUGAGCAUCUACGAAGACAACCCCACCGAAGCAGCCAAGCAGUCGCUGGCUAGCUUUCGUCACAAUGUUACUUGCAACUCGACCAUCAUCGCCGAGAAGUUCGAUGCGAGCACCAUGCCCCGCGUCACCCUCCCCACAGGAGAAACCCGCCUGAAGCGUAUCGCCUUCCUCGCCGAGGUCCGAAACCGCGCUCUGGCCCCCAUCGACCACCAGGGUAUGAAAUUCGACAAGAUCCUGUACCUCAAUGACGUCAAUUUCCACCCUAUCGACGCUGUUCAGCUGCUCUUCGCGACCAAUAUCGACUCGACAGGCCGUACCAACUACGGUGCUGCUUGCGCCCUCGAUUUCAUCAACGCGUUCAAAUACUACGACCGUUUUGCUACGCGGGAUUACGAUGGACGCAUCACCGGGAUCCCGUUCUUUCCGUUCUUCACGAGCGCUGGAUCGGCGACCAGCAGGAAAGACAUUCUCUCCCAAACUGAUGCUGUCAGGGUACGGAGCUGCUGGGGUGGCAUGGUGGCGUACGAGGCACAGUGGUUCCAAGAUCAGACUCAGUUUGAAGAGAAAACCGCGAAUACUACGGACGUUGUACAGCACAAUCCGAGCCAUCGAGACCCACUACGAUUCCGCCACGAAGACGAGCUAUUCUGGGAAGCCUCCGAGUGUUGUUUGAUCAACGCAGACUUGCAGUAUCGACGCACCGGGAAAGGCAUGCCGGUGGAGUCGGGCAUCUACAUGAACCCCUACAUCCGAGUCGCAUACUCCGAAAAGACCCUUUCGUGGCUCAAUUUCAUUCGCCGCCCGGAACGUUUAUACUCUAUCAUUCACAACAUCCUCAACCCCAUGGUCGGCUUCCCUGGCCCGAAUUCGCGUUUGGGUGACGAGCCCGGGCAGACCGUUACUGAUAUGGUCUGGGAGUACGAUGACCCAGUACGAGGCUUCGCCAGCAAUGCUACAGACGUUGACCCGUGCACAUUCGGCGCGUCGAUAAUAUGCGUCGAUCUCAUUAUACGCCUGCUCCCUGGCCACAGAAACUUUAAAAUCGAGGACAGCAACGCCUUUCUUUCCACUGGGUUGAGUCUUUCAUUUGGUGUUAUGAUAUUCUCUUCCCUGUUUAGCAUGCUGCCAUCGUCAAAAAAAUACUUAAUAACAGGAGGCAUGACGCCAAGGAAUGCAACGCUGACGAUGAUUGCUUUCUUUUUGCUGGGUGCACUAGGCAUCUCGAUUUUGUCAGACAUCCUGCAUCGGUAUAUACCGCAUUCGAUUGUGGAUUGCGAUCACGAGCAUGGCGACGAAGAGGAGGGUAAGGUCGAAGAUGAAGAGGCCGCGCAUUUGCACAAGCCCAUGCAAGAUCAGAACCCUGGACUAUCACUGGCUGAUAGUGAGCAUGAAGACCGUUCAUACGGCACAAACGGUAGCGGUUCACUCCCCCGCCGGCCAUCACUACACACAUCCCUCUCGACCAAGGUCUCGCAAUUUGUCACUGGCCAGAAGAAGGAACUGUGCGAUGAGAACGGACAGUGCUAUGGCUACUCGGACGCUUGUGGCACUGAGUGCUUCAAGAACGUCCAGCAGCGCCCGCCGCGUUUGCAUGCCUCUAAAUCCAGCCAGCAUCUCAACCCAGCAAGACCUUCCGCAGCAAGUAGACACCAGACAACACAAGGGCCGCAUGCGCACGAUCGUCAAGUUCUCACUCUCGAAGAUGUCGACGAGACAACGCCACUAGUGCCAUCUCGAUCAGGACCUGCAACAAUGGAGAACUCUACCGCAAGUCUUCCAGCACCCAACGGUCAUAGCCACGGCCACGGCCACAACCAUCCCCAACUCUUGCAGAAACACAGCACGACAUCUCUCUCCAGUACCUCUUCCCACUCAUCACACCACUCGCACGCCUCCCACCCCGCCCAACACCACCACCACGUCCCCACCAACGCCUUCCUCGCCAUCGGCCUCCAAACAUCCACCGCCAUUGCGCUCCACAAAAUCCCAGAAGGCUUCAUCACCUACGCUACCAACCACGCCAACCCCACUCUGGGCCUCUCCAUCUUCCUCGCUCUCUUCAUCCACAACAUCACCGAAGGCUUCGCCCUCGCCCUCCCGCUCUACCUCGCCAUCAACUCGCGCUGGAAAGCCAUGUUCUGGUCCGCGCUGCUGGGCGGCGUCUCACAGCCUCUCGGCGCCGCUGUGGCUGCGCUGUGGUUCAAGCUCGCGGGACGCGGGAAGCAGGAUGGCAUGGGCGAGCCCGGGGAGAAGGUGUACGGGUGCAUGUUUGCGGUCACGGCGGGCAUCAUGGCGAUGGUUAGCUUGCAGUUGCUGGGCGAGAGUUUGGAUUUGACGCAUAGUCGGAAAUUGUGCUUUGUGAGCGCGUUCGCAGGCAUGGGCGUUUUGGGGCUGAGCUCUGCGCUGACGGCGUGA